GUGUGCGGGCUGCUUGUCAAGAGGCCGCUGUCACGCAGGAGCUUCUGCAAGAGGGGUUUCACAGGGACCUGCUGGUGAAGGUGGAACUUGGCGUGGGGGCGGAGGACGGAGGAGGAUGUACAGUGGCAGCUAGAACUCGGCUUCCACCAGGAAUCUACGUGGAUCCCUAUGAGCUGGCAUCACUGCAGCAGCACAAUUUAACAAAGGCGGUGUUAAUUCCUGAUGUCAUUGAUGUGGAGGCGCCUGAGUACUUAGCCACAGACCUUCUCGUUCUCCUGUACAUGGAACCCGACCCUCGGUGUUCUCAUUGUUUUAGAGCUGCCUUGCCUGUGCACGGGCGGUACCACCGGCCGGCAGAAGAGAGUGAGGAAGCGUUGGUUGUUCUGAAGAGCCCAGAAGUACUGGUCUGCUGCUGUGACAAUCACCGCUCAGCAGAGUGUUGGAAGCCUGCUGAAGUGGAAGCUCCCUGUUCAGGCAAAAAGGACGGCUCCUGUCAGUGGUACAGCGUAACACACAAACCUACACACGAGGAAUUGAUACUGCAGGUUCCAGUGGGGCUCAGGCAACACAGUUCCCUGGUGUGUGUCGUGACUCUUCUUGCCACGCUGCUCUGUUCCAGUCUGAUUCUUGCAGCCGUACUCAACAACGGACACUUCUCCAGGGUGACCUGCUCAGAAUAA